AUGGCUUCGACGCCGACCCGGAAGAGGCAGCUGCAAAGGCCGAUGCUGGCAGGGAAGAGGCCGCGUGGGCUUCAGCGGCUGAAGAGCUUCUCCAAGGGCCUCGAGUACGCACACAGCCAGGCAUAUGCGAAAGUGUGCGGUCCGGAGUGGAUCCGCACGCUACGUGGGCGGCUCCUGAAUCGCCGUGUGGCGCUGGUGGUUUGUGGGGAGGCACAUGAGGAUGUGCUCGAUCUCACCCGGCAGUCGUGCAUUAUCGAGCCGGAGAAGGGCUGGCGAAAGCUGAUAGAUGCUGGUGCUUUCGGCUCCUCCUUGGCCACGAAGGACUGUCGUUCCCUGAAGGGUGCAAAGGCCUGGGCCUCUCGGGUGGUCGACGAGGCGGAGGACAGCGAAGAGGACGACCUCAUCGGAGCGAAGUUGGUCUACCAGGCCGGGGAAGAUCCCCAGUCGGCCGGGACGGCGCGCGUCUUUCGGCCAAGCCAACCCUGGCAUCGGCACAGCCCUCACCUGAGGCCUCACCGAAGCCCUCGUCUGGGCCCGCAGCCCAGCCCAGCCGCCGACCCAUCGAAACUCCACGUCUUUGAGUGGUCUGACUUGGACGAGGAGGCCGAUGCGCUGAACAAGCGGCGGUUGAACGGAGAGGAGGUGCCGGCCAAAGAGCUCGAUGCGCUCAUCUCCGAGAGGAAGAAGGUGAGGCUCAAGGAGGGCCUCGAGCUCUUCGAUGAUUGGUUGCUGCGACAAGCCGGCAGCCUGAAAGAAGGCCGUCGCCUGGAGGUCGUCCUGGAGGCCCAUGUGCCCGCGAGAGAGGUGGAGCUCCACGAGGAGCCCUCCUGCGGCCCAGCUCCGAUCCCCCAUAGCUGCAUCCGCUCGAUUGAGCUGGACUCUGACGAGGAUUCCGAGGACGAACGCGAUCCCGAUGAUGGCCAAGGCACGUACUUGGACUACCUGCGCCGCCGCUGCCUGGAGUCCAUUCCCGGCUUGAUGCAUGCGAUGGACCCGCGUGAGUUGGGUGACGAUGACCACGAAGAUCUUCGGGAUGCCUUCCAGGCUCUCCUCACCAAGCCUCUUCCGCCGGAUCCGGAGCUGGUGGAGCUGGAAAAGACGGGUGCCAAGGCGGCGCAGGAGGAGGAGGUUGCCGGGGUGCCAUCGCGGAAGGCGCGGCGUGCGAGCCGCCGGCCGCAGCCGGUGCCCUCGUGGGAGGCAUACUUCGGCGCGACAGCAGAGCUUCUCUACUACUCGCGUCACGUCAAGGCAGACUUCGUACCCUUCCUAAUGGGCUGCCUGGUGCCUUCGACGAAUGCUGCAGCGGGUGGGCCACAGGCCCUGAAAGACUUCUUUGCCGCUCUGUUCUUCGACACGGUGCCGGCGGCCCUGCAGCGUCUGGACCUGGAAGGAGAGCGCCGCUCCAUGGCGUGCGUUCGGUCGCUGACCUACGACCAGGAUGGUAAGCUGCUGCGACGGCCCACGGAUGGCGGAUUGAUUCCGGUGCGCUCAGCGCCUCUGGAGCGGUACCUGAAGGCCACCUCCACGAACCCACCAAGGACCUGGAUCUCGGGCCUCGCCGAGUCCCUGCGCCAGCGCGGCGCUUCGGAGCUCGUGCAAGCGGCGCAGGACUGGUACCUGUCGUCUGUCAGCCAUUUGCUCGAGGAUCCCAAGAGCGCCGACGAUGACGGGGACUACUUCCUGGCGUGGCUUCGGGAGUGCUGCCGCGAGGUCUACGAUGAUGUUGACAGGAACGAUCCAAAAGAGCUGCGUACCAUGAAGAAAGUCAGGAGUGUGAAGAACAAGACCAAGCGCCACAACCUCGCCGACAUCCGCAUCCCGAGCAUGGAGGAAGCCUUCCGAGAGCUUGCCGAGUUCGAGCCGCAGUCAGGAAGCAGCCGCAGGCAGCGUGUGUUGGCGAAGAUUGUGAUCGAUGCUUUCCAGCUGCGACUGGUGGACUUGGCAGCAGUUCUCCGCGUUGCUGACUGCGUGCUCUCGGCCAAAGAGGAUGAGGAGGUGGUGGUGGUUCUGUAUGCUGGAGGCGCCCACGCGCACUGCGUGGAGGAGUUCUGGCGUGCCCAAUCCUUCACCAGCGACGACUUGCCGAAGAGGGGCCUCGUGGGGAAGGACGACUGGGAUGACGACGAGCCUCGGGGACUUGUGCUGCCCAAGUAUCUGCACGAUUUCGAUCUGCUCUUCCCGCAGGAUUCGGGCGAGGCGCACGCACCAGACGCGGCAAUGUCGGAGGGCGCGGAUGAA